UGGAAGACUUCCAAGGACAAAUAUGUUUUGUGAAGUGGUUCAGUAUCUCAUGGCCAGUAAAACUCCAGGAUUAUUGACACUUGGCAUCAACUCUAGCUUACUUUGCUUUGCCAAUGCCAACUUCCUCAGAGAAAGAAUAACAAGGUUAGUGACAGAAUAUGAGAAUGGAGCAGAAGAAACUGGAAACGACAGAAUUCAAAUCUUAAUCCUCGACAUGACCAAUGUGCUGAACAUUGACACUUCUGGAUUUCUGGCACUCGAAGAACUGCACACCAAUCUGGUUUCACGAGGCAUAAAAUUGGCAAUUGUAAAUUUGAGGUGGCAAGUGAUCCGCAAGCUAAAGCUAUCGAAACUUGUGGAGAAAAUUGAAGCCGAUUGCAUUUUCCUCACUGUUGCUGAAGCUGUAGACGCAUGCCAUUAG